ACCCGGCAGCCGGGCAGAUCGGUGCUAGCAGCCGGGUACAGCCGCAGCCGCCGCCGCAGCCGCCACUAUGCCUCUGCUCGUACUGGCGCUCCUGUUCUGCCUCGCGGCCGCCUUCUCUCCGUUCUACGACGUCCCGCAGCCGAUGAUAGAAGCCCUGAAGCCGCGAGGACUCCGGAUAUCCAUACCAGAUGAUCUGGGUGUGGAGCUGUUUGCUGUGCACGCCAACCUGAACAAACCCAUCUCACCGCUGGAGGCUGGCCAGAUCUCAGUGGACAUCACCAGGCCCAAGGGCAGCCGCUGGGUCUACGAGGACCGUCGGGUGCGCCUCAAGCCUGGUGACGUCAUCAACUACUGGCUGUACGUGCAGGUUGAUGGGCAGGGGUACCGCUUGGACGACCAGACUUUCGUCGUCAAAGAGCUGGUUGAGCCUGGAAGUGGAAAACUACAAAUAUGUGAACCCACCAUCACAACAGUCAAUGGAAAGCCUACCUGUAAGGGACAACUAAUAUUCGAAGAAAGUUUCUCCAUAUUCAACCAGAGCAAAUGGCAGUAUGCUGUCCAGCUAGCAGGAAGGCCAGAUUACCAGUUUGUACUGUAUACAGAGAACCCAGAGAACUCUGUUGUGAGAGAUGAUAAGUUGGUUAUUACUCCAACACUGCUGUCUCCAGAUGACAGUGAUUAUAUUUACUAUGGACAUAUUUCUGUUCCAAGAUGCACAGGCCUGCCAAACAGUGCUGAAUGCGACAAAACAGCUGCUGCCUGGUCAAUCCUGCCACCAGUGCAGUCAGCCAAACUACACACAAAGUACUCAUUCUCAUUUGCCUAUGGUGUUAUAGAAAUCCGCGCUAAGUUACCUAUGGGUGACUGGAUUUUCCCUGAGAUCUGGCUUGAACCAAAAGAAAAUUACUACGGACACCUCAACUAUCAAUCAGGGCAGAUCAGAAUAGCAAUGGCACGAGGAAAUGAAGAUUUAACAAAAGAUGGGGCCCAACUUGGCAAUACUUUACUUGAAGCAGGCUGCAGACUUGGCCUGAAAACAAAAAUUCGGAAUGAGAUGUACACAAAGAGUAACUGGACACCUUUUGGAUCUGACUUCCAUGUUUACAGAGUUAUUUGGGAUAAAGAUCAGCUGGUGUUUGUUGUCGAUGGUAUGGAGAUUGGAAGAGUUCGACCACCACUAGGUGGCUUUAGUGGCUUGCAAGAAUUUGCUUCAUCACCUACAGUUCCUUGGAAGUCUAAUCUUGCACCAUUUGACAGAGAGUUCUACAUUACUUUGGGCGUUGGAGUUGGAGGACAUCUAGAAUUUCCUGAUGGGUGUUUAUCACAUAAGCAUCCAAAGCCGUGGAGAAACAGGGAAACAAAGUCCAUUCUACGUUUCUACAAGGACUUAGAUAACUGGUAUCCAACAUGGGAUUCUCAGAAGUCUGCACUGGAAGUGGAUUAUGUGAAAGUAUGGGCUAUGUAGUUUAUUUCUCUGCCUUGGAAGUCUAAAUUAUUUUUAUUUAUUAGAGGUUUAUCGUAUUUCAAAUUUAGUAAGUUUGUUUUCCAGCCAGUAAUUUUCUUUUGGAUAUGCAAUGAAAUUAAGAAAAUAAAAACUUUUUUUAUAAAUAGAACGCUAGAUUUUGGCUAUUUUUGUAUCUACAUAUAAUAGUCAGUACUUGUAUGUUAGCAUUAAAUUCUCUCAUUGAAAGUCAUAAAUUUAGCUCAGGAUUUCUGGAGAUCCCCAGACUUCUGUUUUAUGUCCAUAAAAAUGUGAUAAAUGUUUUUGUAUUCCAGAUAAAGAACUCCACAUUAGGCUAUUCCCAGACUACACAGACCACAUAUAAAUUUAAAUAUUGUCUUGUCAUCUAUAAUGUCACAUUUCAUUUUAAAACAUUAUUUGUCAUAAGUAUCAUCAUCAUGAAUGUAUUAAUAUGUGAGUGUCAAAAAUGCCUUGGAACAUUACACUUUCAGUAUUGCUGUUGCAGAUAUUAAAUACGUCAAAAGAAGAAAAAAUACCUUAUCUUAAGCAUAGCCAAUAUAACAUCAGCAAGCAUGCUCACCCAUUGUGAAUAUAUUAUAUAUUUUUUACUUUGUAGCCUGGAGCAACCAUCAGUUGUAAAAAUGUCUUAGCUUUACAACUUUGGUAACUCGUCUUUAUUACACUGGUCAAUGAUGUUAAACAAAACAUUAGUCAGAUUCAGUGUGACCACAUCCUGAAUUAACUUGGGGGGAUAUAUAUACCUAUGACCACUGCUAGUGAGUGAGGACUGCAACAUCUGUGACGUGACCAAAGACUGUAGUGCAUUCGCAGCUUUGUCUGUGAAUGGAUGUGCUUCUUGUGUUGUGCUUGUCAAUAAAUUGUUUUUCUGUCUCAUUGUUCCUGUCUCAUUACUGGUACAUUCAUACUGUCUUGUAGUGAAUUCUAUCAAAGUGGUGAACCCAGGUGCAACCAUGACACACAAUACAGAAAUUUUCAUCCUGAACUGCCUACUACACAUUAAAAAUGCAGUUAUCUUUUGUUGGAUUCUCAACACCAC